UCUGCCUUUGUCUUCGGUCUCGCAAAAACCAAAUACGAAGAAAUAUCUGCAGCAUACAGAUCAGCCUCGAAACCCAUCACUGUUCUAUUCUAUUCUAUUCUAUUAAACUCCUAAUUCCGGAUGAUUUCUCUCCUUCUCUUGAUCACCCAUGAAAAAACCAAGCAAUUUCCCCAAAACCCCCCUUUCCCACCAUUUUUUCCUCUUCAAAACCCUAAUUUUCUCUCCCAAUUCCUCGUAGAUGACGGGGUCUGAAGUUGAUGAUUAUGACCCAGAUGUUAAGAUGGAGCAUGGUUACUAUUGUGAUGAUGUGUAUACUGGUGAAGAUGGGCAGCUAUCGUGGUUUAAUGCUGGUGUUAGAGUGGGUGUUGGUAUUGGUCUCGGAGUGUGCCUCGGAGUUGGAAUCGGGGUUGGCCUGCUCAUGCGUUCAUACCAAACCACAACCAGGCAUUUUAGACGACGGUUUUUGUAAUUAGGGUAUUGAUACUUGGGAAUCUGGACACUGUCAUUCUAGCGAGUGAAUAGACAAUAAAGGCGGAGAACGUUUCGGGUUCCCAAUGGUUAAGCCUGGAUGUAACGUAAAGUUUAUGCAGGCAAGGAAGUAAUAAGUUUGUUUUAGGGGUUUGAACAGGAUCAAGAAAUCAGCGACAGCCACUCGAGGAUGUUGAGCUUUAACUUCUUCUGUAGGCAGGAUGAAAGCUGUACAGUCUCUCCUUUUUGUUCUUUUCUCUGCAUGGAAAGCACUCUCUCUCAGGCAUCAGAGACCUUCUUGCUCAUUCCAUGGCUGCUUAACAUUUUAUAAAUACUUUAUUUUAUAUAAAAUGCAGGGCUCUCGGUGGUGCGUAUCCUCGACCGAUGUAGUCUUUUAUCGGAACACGACCCUGCAGAGAAAAAUGAUUUCCUAGGACAGAUUACAGAAUAAGCUUGUGUGAGGUUUGACUUCGUUUUAAAGAGCAUCUACUUUUCUUUUCCGGCGUUGUAUAGAAUAAUCUCCUCCCCUUUUUUGUUACAUUACAAAUAUAGUCGCUUUACUUUGCCAUUUUUCCCCCAAGUCUUGAUUUGUUUCGAUUUAGCCUCGGUACUUGUAUUCGUUUUAGUUUCUAAGAUUGAUUAUCCAGUUAAAUGGUACCAAAAAGUUGACUUAGUACACGGGGGAAAUUGCCAUGACAUUAUGAUAUGUCAGAGUCGAUAAGAGAAAAACGUCAGCUUUUGAUUAUUAUUUAACUGGAUAGUUAAUUUUUGGAGAAAUAGUACGAGAACUAACACGAAACAAAUGAAACGAGGAGGAUCAAAAUGUUCAAAUGAUAAAGUACAAGUAGUAAGAGUUUUUUGUUUUGGUUUUUUUUUCCUUGGUUUGAGUUGUUCUGUCCAAAAAUUUUCUUAGCUUUCCUUCACGGAGUGCAGAGAAAAUGACUUUGUUGUAGCAAAUUUCUCUGGAUGAGUUCUGUGAAUGUGACAUAUUUAGCGUAUGAUUUGUUCUA